UCGGGGCCGAGCGCGCCGAACAGGGCAGGGCGGCGCGGGGGCGCGCACGCGCCUGAGCGCGCGCCCGGAGGGGCGGGCUGGGACUCUCGGCUUGCACGCCCUUCGGCUGUCGGGAGGCCGAGUUCCCUUCCGCUUCCGAAGCUCUGUCCGCCAGUCGGUGGAUGUGCGGCAACAACAUGUCCGCCCCGAUGCCCGCCGUUGUGCCCGCCGCCCGGAAGGCCACCGCUGCGGUUAUUUUCCUUCACGGAUUGGGAGAUACUGGGCACGGAUGGGCAGAAGCCUUUGCGGGUAUCAAAAGUUCCCACAUCAAGUACAUCUGUCCACAUGCGUUUGAUAUCAUUGGACUCUCACCAGAUUCCCAGGAGGAUGAAUCUGGAAUUAAACAGGCAUCAGAAACUGUAAAAGCCUUGAUAGAUCAAGAAGUGAAGAAUGGCAUUCCUUCUAACAGAAUUAUUUUGGGAGGAUUUUCUCAGGGAGGCGCCUUAUCUUUAUACACUGCUCUCACCACGCAGCAGAAACUGGCUGGUGUCACUGCACUCAGUUGCUGGCUUCCACUUCGGGCUUCGUUUUCACAGGGGCCUAUCAAUAGUGUCAAUAGAGAUAUUUCUGUUCUCCAGUGCCAUGGAGAUUGUGACCCUUUAGUUCCCCUAAUGUUCGGUUCUCUUACCGUUGAAAGACUAAAAGCAUUGGUAAAUCCAGCCAAUGUAACCUUCAAAAUCUAUGAAGGCAUGAUGCACAGCUCAUGUCAGCAGGAAAUGAUGGAUGUCAAGCACUUCAUUGAUAAGCUCCUACCUCCAAUUGAUUGACGUCACUAGGAGGCCUUGAGUAGAAGUUCACCAGCAUCACAGUAGUAGAGUAUAAACCUUUCCCCAUGACUGAUCAUACAACUUCUAAUGUUUGCAGUGUUAAAAUGUUUUGCAAAUACAUAUCAAUGAUACAGACUAAAUGAUGUCACCCUCAUGGGAAAUAUAUGAUCCUUUUAAUUUCUAUG